AUGUCAUCGGCCAGAUUUAGAUUCCUACUUAACCACAAGUAUUUAUUUGAUGCCAAAUUAAUAAACAUUCAAAGAACUAGCUUUUCAACAACCAUCCCUGCGCUGGCGAAAGCACAAGUAAAGAAAGAGGUCAAGAAAAAAGCUCCUGCCUUCAAACAAGUUAGAAAUGAAGAGAAACCAAAAGGGAAAAGAAGUCAAAGCUCAAACGAAUCAAGCGUUGGAAAGAGUAACCCCAAGUUUUACAAACCAAAACCAAUCGUCGAAGUUGAAGAAACAAAACCAGGAGGUCUAAACGUGGAUGUAAGUGGAAAGGUCUAUACAUACCCUAAUGACAUUAUGGAAAAGAUUAAUGUUUUUGGGGUACCUCCAAUUAUGUCUAAAGAGAUGAAGAUAUUCCCAAAACUUUCAUGGAUUGCCAGAGAUGCUACAUUAGACCUAGCCAAGAAAUUGGAUGGAUCUAAAAAUAAGCCCAGCGCAGAAACAAGAAUUGUAUUGGUUGGUCCUUUAGGAGUAGGCAAAAGUUCAAUAUUGUUGCAAAUUGUUGGGCACGCCCUAGCAUCAGAUUGGAUUGUUAUUUACAUACCCAGUGCAAUUGAUCUAGUCAACGGAAAAUAUGCAUAUGUUAAACUUUCAUCGGGUGACUAUGUUCAACCAACGUUGAUUGCUAAAAUACUCAAGCAAAUUCACAGCGUUAACAGAGACAAGUUCGCUGUACAGGAUAGCAAAACAAUUACAGACCUAAUUGACAGAAUCAAGGAUCCAAAUACGGCACAGACCGCGUUGGAACAAGUGCUUGAUAAAAUUGACAAGUCAUCCAUGCCAGUGCUGCUUGCAAUUGAUGAAAUUAAUGCCUUGUAUGCAACGACAGAAUUCACGUCACCUGAUCAUACAUUACUUGAGCCAGGAAAUUUGUUCUUACCAAGAACACUUCUUGAAUAUAUUUCUGGACAGAAAAAAUUUCGAAAUGGCGCUGUCAUAGGCGCCACAUCGCUUGUUCAUAAACCAACUCUUAGUUAUGCGUUAGACGCGGCGCUUCAUUUGACAGAAGUUUCACCUUGGAAACAGGUUUCACCAGAAAUAGCUCGAUAUAUCAACAAGGAAGUGAAAAGUUAUCGUAUUUCCGAAUACUCGAAAAAUGAAGCCAAGGCAUUAUUAGAUUUUUAUAUUAGGAAUAAUGUUGUGCAUGAAGAUGCUCCAACCGACGAAAGCUUUACAAAAAAAUAUAUGUUAAGCAAUGGAAAUGCAAGAAAGUUCCUUGAAUAUUGCUCUAAAAGACUAUAG